UAUUUGGUGUUUUUAUUAUAGUUCGUGAAACUAGGCUCAGCUCCAAGGUCCAGGAACCUGAUGAACCGGUUGCCCCGCCCGCCCUUUCACCUUCCACUCUUGUUGGUUUCGGUCUUCUGUCUAAAGUCAACGCCGCUGAGCCGAGUUUGGAUCUCAUGAGUAGAGCUGAAGGCAAAUGAAGCUGCAAAAUGUCCUAUCCCAGUAAAGUUCCAAGAAAUUCUGAUGGAAGCCAGUCUUCUAAUAAUCCACGUCGAGAGAGAAGACCCAGGGACAGGCCACAUCCUGAAAAUAGCCAUCCUGGUAGACGUAGCAGGGAAGACCCAAGAGACAAUCGCCAAAGCAAACCUUCAAGAGAGCCAUAUCCUCCCAGUGAAAGACAUUCACGAAAUUCAGUGGAAGAAUCGUACUCCAGACCACCCACUACAAGAGGAACACCAUCUCAACCAAACAGUAGACCAUCUUCUUCAGCACCUCCCUUUUAUAGUGCUGUUUCAGAAGUUAACACUCCACCCAAAGAGUCCUUUGGGACAAAGUGCUCAUAUUUAUGCUCCAGAAGAGGUGUCUUGCAGUUUUCUGAAAUCACAACCAAUCUCAUGGUCCUGAUCUGUGUGGCAGCAUCCCAAGCAGCGAUAUCUGGAUACACAUCAAUGGGCGGUCUCGGGAUAGGCUCUUUUAGCAUCGAUUCAGCAUACAGCCCUUUCCAAGGAACAGAACUGAAGCAAGUCCGGGAACUUGAUAUGCAGUUUAGUCAAAUGAGAACCCCUGGUGUAUACGGAGGGGUGACGGUCAGCAUUGUCUUUGGUUGUCUGACAAUUCUUUUUCUGGUCGGUGGGGCUAAACCUCUUCACCGCAUUUCCUCAAAAGUUCUCAUGGCUGAAUUUGCGUUCAACAUCAUUGCGUGCAUAGGGUAUGUAGUGGGUGUUGGACUUUACCUCCAUCUCAUAAUUACAGUAAACAGCACUGAGGUUUGUAGAUUAAGACACCGUCUGUAUGCAGGCCGGGGUUACACUUUUAUGAAUUGUGAUGUUCAGGGAGGAGAUGCUGCAGUUGCAUUAUUUGGCUUGAUUUCUGCUUGCUUGUAUUGUGGAAGUGCAGUUCUGAGUUUCCUGACAUUGAGAUCUUUGAAGAAAAUCUUGAGAAAUAUGCACAUGAACAAUUCAGUUCAAAAUUACUUGGACGAAGAUGCAUAUAAAAACCAUGCAGGUCACCAGGAGGCUAAACCUAACCACAACCUGUCAACCCUUGUGUAAGGUAGCUGCCCCACAUUAAAUAUAUCUUGAUUCCUGAAAGCAAAAUGCUGCAGAUUCUGGAAAACUGGUGUAAUACCAGAAAUACUAAAAAGCCUUUAUUUUAUAUCCCCAUUGUGCUGAAUGUGUACGAUCUUGAUAUAUAUUUAAUAUGUCUCCUUUUAAAGUUUACCUUUAAGAGUUUAGGAGAUAUCUAGCAACAUGAUUAAUCAAUAUUUCGAUUAUGAAAAUGAAUUUGUAGAUUCUGGGCAGAAAAUUUUUGUUGCUGAUGCUAAAGAGUUGAUUUAGUUAUUGGCCGGUCAUUGUUCCCCAUCCAAAUAUUUAAUUCCUUUGAAGCUAGGAACAGCAUACAAUAGGCUACUAAUAACUUAGCAACUUUUUAGUGUUAGUGAGCAAAUACUAACUUCUGCUGUAGUAUAUUUUAUAUAUUGGCAACAUUCAUAUGCUGUGGAAGUUACAAUGUUCUUCUCAAUAUAUCAGUGAAUUUGAAUAUCACUUACUGAAUGGUUAUGAAUGCUAGCCAUCAAUCAUUGUGUGAUGGAACUGAAAUUUUUUAAAUAAUGUCUAUCUUUCAUUCUCUACAAGACAUAGAUAUAAUAAAACCUUCUGGAUUAGAGUCAACAUUUAAAUUGCUGCAGUUCCACUCUUUUUGGUCAAAAUGCUUUUUAUUUUCACUGUGUCUCUAUCUUAAUACACUCUAUGAUAGCCAAGCUGGCUGAAUAAUGACGUUUUACAACAGCUUUACUUUUACCAUAAAAUCAAGUUAAUUUAGCACUGCAGUCAUAAAUAUGCUGAAAGCAGUGCACUUGCUGCUGUGUGUGUUUGAGAUAAAGUCAGUGAUGUUUGGUGACGAAAAUAAUCUGUAUGAUUUGUAAAUAUCUUUGCAUCUAAUAAGAAUUCAAUAAUUUUUUUUUGUAUUUGGUCUUGAGUUGAUGAAUAGAAACAAAGCAUUUCUUUAUUCUUU